GAAUGAGACUGAGCUAAUUAUCCUAUGACAACGUUUAAGGAAUGGCCGCGCCAAUGCAGAAUGAGAGGCAGGAAGUGUGUCAAGCUUCGUCGAGGCUUAUUUUCUUACCCUUCUCCCGCCAUCGUACACGUCCUGGCAACACGGCGCUUCGUCUCGACUGACCAGCAAAGCACGCGAACUAUACAUUGGAUUCGCAAUGUCUGCUGCCUGGCUCACUUACCCCCUCCAGCUGGAGGGGAGCCGCGCGUUUGAGUGCGAUGAGCUCACCACCGAAGAAUGCGACUACUACAUGCACCGCUGGCACUUUUGGUACAUAGCUGAUCAUGUCUUCGCGCUGCCAACAGUCGCAUUCUUCAUGUGCGCCAUUGGCAUCUUCAUCAUCGGCCACGUUUUGUCGUCGCUUGUUUUUGGUCGUCGCCGGUUCCGAGGGCCUCCUAUGCUACGGAAACCGAUUGCAGCUAUCCGAUACUUGUCCUACCGUGGUUUCCACUUGAGGGCACUCCAAUGGAAUUCAGCCCCAGUUGGAGUUUUGCUGCUGGGGCUUGCUGGGACCGUGUUCUUCUUCUGUAUGGACUUGAUUCCACAGCCCUAUUACUGGUCGGAUGAAAUGUAUGGCGGUUCGCCACCACUGGCCACCAGAUCGGGAUGGAUGUCUUUGGCAUGCAUGCCAUUUGUCUUUGCAACGGCGAGCAAGACGAACUGGAUUACACUCUUCACGGGAGUUUCGCACGAGAGACUGCAGGUCUUCCACAGAUGGAUCUCCUACGCCUUCUUUGUCCUUGCGCUCAUGCACACGUUCCCGUUCAUCGUAUAUCACAUUCACUGGCACGACAUGGAGGAACACUUCACGUCGAGCCUCCUGUUCUACUGGACCGGCAUCGUCGCAAUAAUCUUUCAAGCGUGGUUGACCUUUGCGUCCCACAGCGCUAUACGAAACCUUGGCUAUGAAUUCUUCAAGAUAACCCACUUUGCUGCUGUUGUUGUAUUCAUGGUGACCUUCUUUUGGCACUGCGACUAUACUCUCACUUCAUGGGACUACUUUGUCGCUACAGCCGCCAUAUAUGUCCCUUGUUACGUUUAUCCCUGGCUCCGCACUUGCUUCGAGUAUGGCUUCGCGCAGAAAGCCCAGAUCUUCGUAGAAGACAACGGCUUCACACGCAUCACUAUCCCAUCCAAGUCUGGUUGGAAACCUGGACAGCAUUGUUUCCUACGCUUCACUAGCUUUGGUCUUAUGCAAGCUAUCUCAACGCACCCAUUCACUAUCUGCUCUACGCCUUCAACGCAGCCGAGCGAGCAGUCUGAGCUCGUCUUCUACGUCCGUCAUCAGCGCGGCUUUACCGCCAAACUGUACCAGCACGCUCUGGAGCGACCUGGUGCGUCGGUACCCGUGCAUGUAGAUGGUCCCUACGGAGGCAUCCAUCUACAGAAAUGCUACGGGAGCGACCAUCUUCUUGUCAUCGCAGGUGGCUCAGGAGCUGGUUGGUGUUUGCCGUUCAUUGAGCUGUUUGCCAGGCAACGCCCGACGCCAGACGACGAAGAGAAAGGCCAGAGUAUCCUGACGGACGGCAAGGAGGUCCUCCAUCAACGUAAACCGCGCGGACCUCUUUCACUGCGGGUGGUUCUCGCGACCCGAGACAGCAACAGCCGUGCAUGGUUCCUUAAAACCGUCAGCGAGCUGCUGUCAAAGUGCUCAGCAACAGAGUCCUCAUCCAACAUUCGCGUCAGAGUCUAUCUCACCGGGGAGGCUGCUGAAAAGGUGGACCUGCCAAGCAGUGUCUCGGGCGACCCAGCCAGCCCGAAAGAGGCUACCUCAUCCACCGACGAGAUUGCUAUCCCAGAAGACGGAAACAAGUCCGCUAUUCCAGGCAAGGAGUUCGAGGGCCGGCCACAGCUACCGCUGAUCGUCCAUGAGGAGGCAGCCAAGGUGGCGGAAGCGGGCCAAUCUCUGAGCGUCUUCGUCUGUGGGCCGCACACGAUGCAGAACGAUGUGCGCAAUGCUGUUGCGAAGGAGAACUUGAACAUUCUCAAGGGUUCCAAGGCUGGCGGGGUUUAUCUGCACUCGGAGCAUUUUUCGUGGGCUUGAGAACUGUUGUGUGGGAGCGCGUUCUUUGGAUAGAGUCCAAAUUGCAUAUUGUAAUUGAAGAGGUGCUUGGUGAUGGCAGAAGCAACGAGGUCUGCUCGAACGACACCCUCGUGACCUUGGUGCAGCUCUUUCGGGUUGAGCUCCGAAGUUUGGAGUCGCGGUGAUGCGGACUGGAUACCGGGUUGGCGGGUAUGACGGACUGAUGGACUGAUGGUGGCAUGGUGCCGCGUACCACGUAUGGGUGUGAGCGAUCCAGACACACUGCGUCAAUCAAUUGUAGAACGCGCCGUCGAUCGGCCAGCCAGGGAUAUCUACCAUAGAUGCAUGGAAAGAAUCUGCUCAUGGACAGUACACCCUGCGCGCCGUAGAAGCCGGCUACCCAGCCCAUGCAAGAUGUGGGAUUCUGUC